AUGGUAACUUUGCACAGCAAACCAACUCUAACGGAAGCUCUCAAGGAUACCAUGUUCGGUAUCACUGAAUUAUUCCAAGCCAUCAGCGGCAAGCAUUUGAAUGCUAGGAACAUCAAGUAUGCAUCAAUUAGCAGCAUUUUGGGUAUUGCUGGUCUUAUUGGUUUGGCAAAAUAUUGGAAGUUUAAGAGAAAUCUCAACAAGCAAAUAGAUAAGGACUCGAAAGGAAGAAAAUCAAUCAAGGCCAAUAUUGACAUGCAAUUCUUGAAUAGAUUGAAAUUGCUCAUUUCCAUUGUCGUUCCUUCAAUCAAGUCAAAGGAAUUCUUACAAUUAAUUGCAGUGACCGUUGUAGUCAUUAUGAGAACAUUUGUGAGUAACUGGUUGAGUAGCUUAUCAGGUGAAUUGUCGGGUGCUCUCAUGAAUUUUGAUUUCAGAAGUUUCAUGGCCAUUCUGGGUUACACUUCAUUGUUGUCUUUUACCUCUGCAUUGUUGGCUCCAAGUUUAAAGUUCCUCAUUAACAAACUUCAGUUGGAAUGGAGAAUUUCUCUCACCAAAUAUAUUCACAGCAAAUAUUUGAGAAAUAUGAUGUAUUACAAGACUGCAAACUUGAAUACUGGACUCAAUGAUCCUGACCAAACCAUCACACAAGAUGUUGACAAAUUCUGUGAAGGUAUUUGUGGCUUGUAUGCCAACUUGGUAAAACCAAUUGCUGACGUCAUUGUGUACACUUAUCAAUUUGUGAAUAUUGUUGGUGUUGGUGGACCUUUGGUAGUUUUGGGAUACAUGACCUUCUCAUUUAUUGCAAUGGCUAUUUUGAGACCACCAUUUGGUACACUUACCUCAAAAUUGCAAGACUUGGAAAGUAAAUUCAGACAUACUCACUACAGAACAGCCACUAAUGGUGAGUCCAUUGCAUUCUAUGCUGGUGACCAAUUGGAAAGAAAUGUUUCAGAUGAGGCGUUCUGGAAUUUGUUCAACCACAAGCGUUUGCUCAUUAGAGCCAAAUGGUUGUUCGGAUUCUUUAAUGACUUCUUUGUUUUCAACUUCCCACAAGCAGUGAGUUGGCUCAUUGCCAUGUAUCCUGUAUUCUUUGGAAUGUUAAAGAGUGCUGAUCAAACUGAAUUGGCCAGAGUAUUGAGAUAUUUGGCCGCAGUCGUGUCACACGAAUUCACAGCUGUUGGUGAAAUUAUUCACUUGCACACACGUUUGUCAGAAACAUCAGGUUACGCCGCCAACAUUUGUCACUUGUUAGAAACAAUUGACAGCAUUGAAAAAGUCGAUAAGGAAAAGAAGAUUAACACUAUGGUUGCGGGCGAGACUAUCAAAUUUGAUAAGGUUCACUUAUCGACCCCAGAUGGACAUACCUUGGUGAAGAAUCUUUCAUUUGAGGUGUUAAAGACCACACCUGAGAAACGAAACAAUGUCCUCAUUACUGGUCCAAACGGUACUGGUAAGAGCUCUAUUUUCAGAGUCUUGGCCGGAUUGUGGUAUGCCGACUCGGGUAAAAUCCAAAAACCAGGUGGUGCCGAGAGUACCAAAACCUCAGAUAUUUAUUACAUUCCUCAAAAACCAUACAAUAUUUAUGGUACUUUGAGAGAACAAAUUAUCUAUCCAGAUGAUCCAAACAGUGAAAAAUCUAAACAAUUCACAAAUGAUCAAUUGAAAGACUUCCUUCGUAGAGUUAGAAUUGCCUAUAUUGCCGACAGAGAAGGAUGGGACAAGGAAAAGAACUGGGAUGAUAUUCUUUCAUUGGGAGAGCAACAAAGAUUGGCUGUGGCUCGAUUGUUGUAUCAUAAGCCUGCGUAUGCAAUUUUGGACGAGUGUACUUCUGCCGUCUCUACCGAUGUUGAAUCACACUUGUACUCUGAAUGUCAAAAGGAAAACAUUACUUGUGUCACUAUUUCACUUCGUCCAGCUUUGAUUCCUCACCACGACUGGGAGCUUUCUCUCGAAGAUGAAGAACCAAAACUCCGUCCAAUUCAUCAUCACCAUCAACACUAA